AUGGCUGAUUCAGAAAGUCCUUUUGGUUCUUCUGAUUCUCUAAAUAAUAAAAACGACAUGCAUUCACUAUCGCAGCAUUGCCCCACAGUUAUCAGACAGUUACAGAGCCUAUCGAGCAACACGCAAUCCUCGCCAUCCGUUGAGCCUGCCACCAUCAAUGAUUCGAAAGAAGUGUUGGACUCACUGUCGGUUACAGGCAAAUGCAUGUGCUGCAACAGUGAAUUAAAGUACCCUCAUACCGUAUCACGUUUUCGAUGUCCUGUAUGUGACACUAUCAAUGACCUUAAACCGCAUGUUCGACAACAGCUGCUGAAUCAGCCAUUGACACUGAAAUUACUCAAGAAAUCAGUCCACGAAUGCAAGAUCAAGGAAAGGGCAAAACGAAAGACGACCAUGGUGGAUGAUAAGGAACGAGAAAAGAUAUACGCACCCGUUGAGAAGCUGAUUGAAACAAUAUUCAGCAGCUGGGUGUGUCUGAACCACAGCUUUUCCAAUGGACAGGAAACGAGUUUGCAAGAUAGUGGCAUCAAUAUGAACGACACCAGAGAAGCUUAUCGCAUCCUAUUAAACAUGCCUGUCAAUGUCAUUCGAUCCAUGAUGUCUGCCAUCGAUCGACUGCUGAAAAGACCCGCUGUCCCACUGAGACGGAUGGUGGACAUUCGAUUUCUGCUCAUCAUACUGGAAAAUCCACUGCUAGCACAACACAACUUUCCUGCCGAGACAAAGUAUCACCACAACCUGCUGAAAAGAGUAUUUGGUAUCCUAAGCUGUCUUAACAAUGAAUGCCAUCAUGGUCUGGUAAACUGGUUUUCGAGUUAUCCUCUAAAAAACUUUGAAUCGAAAAUUGAUCUGAUUCAUGCGUUUCUCAGCCAUCGCAUAUCCAGAGCAAGACGUAGUCCGCUGGGCUUACCUACAGCGUACGAAGCAGAUUGGAAAAUAGCCAGUGCGUCGCGGGUCAUGGCAUUAUUAUUUGCUGCCAAUAACCAAUCCAACAAGGUGCAUAUAUCCGACUUUUACAACACCAUGGCAGACUACAUUAACUUGAUGGGCGAUUUUGAGUCAUGGCAAUCACAGUCUGGAAAAUUCGCCUUUUGCCAAUACCCCUUUUUGAUCAGCAUGGGAUCCAAAAUGAAGAUUGUCGAGUCAGAUGCAAAGCAGCAAAUGGAGACCAAAUGGAGAGAGGCAUUUUUCAACAUGCUGUUCCAUCAAAAGGCAUCCAAUCCCUAUCUUGUGCUCUGUGUAUCGAGAGAUAAUUUGAUUGAAGAUUCCCUGAGACAGCUAGCACAAAACGAAUUGGAUCUGAAAAAGUCGCUUCGGAUUGAAUUCGUUGGCGAGGAGGGUGUGGAUGCGGGUGGGUUGAGAAAAGAGUGGUUCUUGCUGCUGGUGCGUUCCUUGUUUGAUCCGCAGUACGGCAUGUUUACAUUCGACGAAGAUUCCAACCUAUGCUGGUUCAAUCCUGCAAGCUUUGAAAACGAAGAUCAAUUUUUUUUGGUGGGCGUAGUGCUGGGACUGGCGAUAUACAACUCGACGAUUCUCGACAUUCAUUUACCCACUGCAUGUUACAAAAAACUACUCAAUUCGUCUAUUGGGCUAUCGGAUCUGAAAGCAUUUCGACCGGCAUUGACGAGAGGGUUUGAGCAGCUACUGGAAUUUGAAGGCGAUGUGGAAAAUGUGUUUUGCAGAUCAUUUGUAGCAGAUAUAGAGGUGUUUGGACAGCGUCAGUCUGUACCUCUUGUGCCAAAGGGAGAACAGUUGAUGGUGACACAGGAAAACAAGCACGAAUUUGUGUCAUUGUAUGCAGAUUUCAUACUGAAUAAGAGCGUGGAACGUCAGUUUGGUGCAUUCAAGAAAGGAUUUUACCACGUGUGUGGUGGAAAUGCCCUCUCUCUGUUUAGACCCGAAGAAAUUGAGCUCCUGGUGCGGGGCAGCGAUGAACCAUUGGAAAUCGACGAUCUGAAAAGUCAAACAGAGUACGUUGGGUUUGAUGAGAAUGAAGAAACGAUAGUAAACUUUUGGAGUAUCAUGAAAGCAAUGGACGCUCAAAAGCAACGCAAGCUGCUCAUGUUUGUUACAGGAAGCGACCGUAUACCAGCCACUGGAGCAACUCAAAUGCAUCUCAAAAUCACCUGUGGAAACAAUGGUGAUAGCGAUAGGCUACCCUCUGCGCAUACAUGUUUUAAUCAACUGAUUUUGUACAAGUAUCAUACCAAAGAGAAGCUGGAGAGGAUGCUUCUCACCGCAAUUGAAGAAAGCCAAGGCUUCUAUGUAAAAUAA